AUGUCUGGCUCUUGGAAAAUCAGUAUUUUUAGUGCCUUUAAUGGUUAUAAAAUACAGAGGAACACAUUACGAAAAGCUCUAUUAGAUGCUAAAAUUAAAAACUUUACCAUUCGUUCAAAUAGGGACGAAACCAAAUUGUAUUUGGACAUCAAACCAGAUUACGAAGCUGCAAUACAUGUCCUAAAUGUCAGCGAUGAAAUUCAUUUUCACACCUACUCCCCACGCGGUUCAAGGCCGCUUAAUAAAUUUAUCAUUAAAGGUCUGGACCUUGACCAUGACCUUGAUUCAAUUACUGAAACCCUCCAAGCCCGCUUACCCGGACUCAAAUCUGUAUGGAGGAUGAAAAAGACCGACGCAGAUGGCUUCAAAAUAGAACUGCCACAUAUUAUAGUCACGACAGACCCUGACACUACCAUUGACAACCUCAAAGCAUGCAGGCUCAUGCUGGAAGAAAUACAGCACCAAACCCCAGACAAGAUCAAAAGGGUAAAGCAUCACAAGCUCCGCCCACCACCUCAAGACCCGACUCUUAUGCGGGAGUAG